UUUUGAAGUACGUACAAGCUUAAGGCUGCAACCUCAAGGAUCCAUAACCAUGAAGCUCACAGAUAAAAUUUUGGCUUACAAUUCUCCACAUCCCUUCUAUACUUUCGAAUUUUUUCCUCCUCGGACCGAUCAAGGAUUCGAAAAUCUUCUGCCUCGUAUCGUGAGGAUGUCAAACCUCAAUCCGCUGGCAGUUAGCGUGACUUGGGGCGCAGGGGGAAAUACGAAAGACACCAGCUUAAAUCUUGCCGAGCUCACGCAGUCUGAGUAUCGCCAAGAUACGAUCCUACAUUUGACAUGCACUAACAUGGAGAAAGGAAAGGUAGACGAGGCUUUACGAGCUGCCAAAGAAUGUGGGAUACAGAACAUACUUGCAUUACGUGGGGAUCCACCAAGAGGGAAGGAAGAAUGGAUAGCCAUUGAUCCAAGAUUCCAGCAUGCCCUGGAUUUAGUCACAUACAUCAGAUCGCAUCCAGAUUUCUCUUCCUAUUUCUGCAUCGGUGUCGCUGCAUACCCCGAAGGUCAUCCAGACCAUCUGGUUGAUGAAGAGACAGAGCUGAGUUUAUUGAAGGAAAAAGUUGAUGCAGGAGCCGACUUCAUCAUCACUCAACUGUUUUAUGAUGAGGACCAGUUCAUUUCUUGGUUCAGAAAGGUUCGAGAGAAAGGAAUAACGUUGCCCAUAAUUCCUGGACUCAUGCCCAUCCAGACUUAUCAAUCUUUCGUUCGACUGACGAAACUGACUGGUUCAAAGGUUCCUGCACAAGUCAUGUCCGAUGUCGAUGCUAUCAAACACAAUGACCAACUAGUCAAAAACUACGGCGUUGAAUUGGCUGUAAAAAUGAUUCGUCGGAUCACGACAGAGACUGACGUCUCCGGAGUUCACUUCUGUACCCUCAACCUUGAGAAAAGUGUUCAGCGUGUACUCGAAUCCCUCCGUUGGAUCGGGUACUCACCCCAAAUAGUACCGAACAAACUUAUCGAGGUGAGUUUGCUGACUCUAAACCUACUCGGUUUGCUGACCCUUUACUUCAAGGAACCUACAACUGAAAAUCUCCCCUCUGGAACUAUAACACCAGUUUCCGCUGCUAACGUCGCCACCCUUGGGCUGUACAAUAUGCCUCCAACAGAGACAGAAGUUGGUAGUGGGGAGCUCAACAAAGCCGAUUCAUGGGACGACUUUCCUAACGGUCGGUGGGGUGACUCUAAGAGUCCUGCUUAUGGCGUACAAGGUCCUUGGGGCAAUAAUGAUGCUAUUAACCAAGUUACAAUUUCGCACUGGGGAAAUCCGCAAUCCCUAGACGACCUCACUGCAUUGUUCCUCAAAUAUCUCCAUUCAGACAUUGACACUACUCCGUUUUCUUCUGAUCCUAUUUUGGAUGAAUCGAAACUCAUCCUUCCUCACCUUCGUAAACUCACCGAACGUGGUUGGUGGACAGUUGGUUCUCAGCCUGCUGUCGACGGCAUUGAUUCUUCGGAUCCUGUCGUCGGCUGGGGACCAAGAAAUGGUUAUGUAUUUCAAAAAUCAUUUGUUGAGUUCUUUUGUACGGAGGAAGAUGUGAAUAUGAUUGAAAAGAAGGUCGCAGAGAAAGGUGAUGGAUGGGUCCAUUAUUACGCUGCUAACUCUAAAGGUGAUUGUAGAACAAACGUCCCUGACGAUGGAAGGAACGCUGUGACCUGGGGCGUCUUUUCGGGACAGGAACUCAUUCAAACAACGAUUAUUGAACGCCAGUCGUUCUUGGCUUGGAAAGAGGAAGCAUUCUCAAUUUGGUUAGAUUGGGCCUCGUUCUAUCGCCCAGACUCACCCGAACGCAAGUUACUUGAGAACGUGCAUAACGAGCGUUUUCUGGUAAACAUAAUUCACCACGAUUUUAAGGUCGAGGAAGCGCUCUGGACCUUUAUCUUCGAUGCGUAAAUGACAUUGAUUUGUUAAUCGCUUGUGCGCAGACCACCCAUGAAGAAUCACACACUACUCGUAGCU